GUGUCCAGCGGAGUCACUGCAUCUGCGGACAGAAACAAACAAACCGAUUCUUCAAGUUUCAGGAUUCGAACCCAACACGCCACCGAGUCGGUUGUGAGCUGUGAGCCGCUCAUCCUCACUGAACCUGGAUCAGAUCACUUCCUCUUUGACGUCAACCCAUCCAGACAAUAGAGGUGAAUGAGAUCUGCACAGGAAGUGGGGCUCAUCACAUGGGAGUGUGUGACGGGGUGAGCGAGGUCGUGUGUUCAGGCCUCCUGCUGUCAUGGCGGGGGUCAGAGAGCGCGGCUCCCGGACCCAGAGGCCGUGGUCGGUGUACCGGGCCACCACGUUCGAGCUCUCCGAUGAGAUGAUCGGCCUGACGCUCACAGGGAACAGUCAGGACCCAGACGAGCCGGUGCUGGAGUUCAGCGUCGUCUGCACAGACCUGGUGCCUCCUGCUCUGGAUCGAAAGCCCAACAGCUUCGUAGCAGUGAGCUGCACGACGCCGCCUCAGGCCUUCUGGACCAAACACGCCCAGACUGAGGUCAUCGAGGGAACCAGUAAUCCCAUCUUCCUCAGCAGCGUGGCCUUCUUCCAGGAGUCCAACAUCAACCAGCAGACGCAGGUGAAACUGGCCGUCUAUGACGUGAAGGACCGCUCGCAGGGCACGAUGUACCUGCUGGGCUCAGCACUUUUUCCUGUCAAGGAGAUUUUGCAGGAGAAGAGUCACAGACUACAGCUGGAACUGAGAUCUGCAGAGAACGUGCGUGUGGGGAACAUCACCAUCACAGCCUGGCAGAUGGAGGACCGAGCGGACCAGAGGAUGUCGCUCAACCGCCUGCCAGACGGCAUCAACGGCCGGACGGUGCUGCCUGUGGACGAGAGCCUCACGGAGUCGAUGGGAGUCCGGAUCAAGUUCGCCUCGCUAGGCAAAGACACCCUGCUGCGCUCAGUGUUCGGAGGCACCAUGUCCAGGAUGUACCGCUUCCCCACCACGGACGGGAAACAUCUCCGCGUGCUGGAGCAGAUGGCCGAGAGCGUCCUGUCGGUCAACAUCCCCCGACAGUUCGUCAAGCUGCUGCUGGAGGAGGACGCGGCCAGGGUCUGCGAGCUGGAGGAGCUUGGAGAGUUGUCCCCCUGCUGGGAGAACCUGCGGCGACAGAUCGUCUCUCAGUACCAGACCAUAAUACUAGCUUACCAGGAAACCCUGUCCGACCUCAGUGACUACAGAGGGCCGUCAUUCAAAGCCAGCAACCUGAAGGCAGAGAGGAAGCUGGAGUUCAUGCCGACCAACCUCCACGUUCAGAGGAUGAGGGUUCAGGAUGAGCUGGGCUUUGAGCACACGUAUGAUGUGAUCACAAUCGGAGCUCCGGCCGCUCACUGCCAGGGUUUUAAAAACAGCGGCCUGAGGAAACUCAUCCAGAAGUUUGAGGAGGCAAAGAAACACGUAUAUGAGGAGGGAGGCAGCGCGCUCUCCAGCUCGCAGUCCAUCGUCUUCAUCCCUCAGGACAUCGUCCGGGCCAAAGAGAUCAUCGCCCACAUCAACACGCUGAAGACUCAGGUCAGCUACUACGCCGAGAGGCUGUCCCGCGCUGCCAAGGACCGCUCGGCCAGCGGCCUGGAGAGGACGCUCACCAUCCUGGCUGAUAAGACCCGUCAGCUGGUGGCCGUGUGCGACUGUAAGCUGCUGGCUUCAGCUAUUCAGGCCCUGAACGCCGCACGGCCGGAGUACAUCGCCUCCAAAGCGUCUCCCUCCGCCGACUCGGAGCAAGUAGUCCUCCGUAACGACCAGGACACGCUGCUCGCCAAGUGGAGCGGCCGCAACAGCCGAUCCUCGCUACAUGUGGACUGGCAUGAGGAGGAGUGGGAGAAGGUUUGGGUGAAUGUGGAUAAAUCUCUGGAGUGCGUCAUCCAGCGAGUCGACAAGCUGCUCCAGAAGGAGAGGAGGCCCAGCGAUGCCAGUCAGGACAGUACCCAGAGUGACCUGCAGGGCGGCGGCAGUAAGAAAGGUAACGGAGAGAAAAGACGAGCGUUCUGGAUCAACCCAGCAAAUAUGUCAGAGGAAUCUCCAUCAUCCUCAUCCUCAUCCACAUUUCCACCUCCAUCAUCACCUCCUCCACCACCUUCCUCAUCCUCCCUGCCUGCACUCUCCUCCACUCAUCCAGAACACGAGUCCUAUGGAGGCCCCGGUGCUGAGGAGGCGUACCCAGGUGAGUGGAGCGAGGCGUUGUACCCUCUCCUCACCACGCUCACCGAGUGUGUUGCCAUGAUGAGCGACAAGGCCAAGAAGUCCAUGGUCUUCUUGCUGAUGCAGGACAGCGCCCCGACGAUAGCCAUGGACCUGUCGCUGCAGUACCGCCGCGACGUGGUCUUCUGCCAGACGCUCACCGCUCUCAUCUGCGGCUUCAUCAUCAAACUGAGGAACUGCCUCCGUGACUCCGGCUUCCUCCGGCAGCUCUACACCAUCGGCCUCCUUGCUCAGUCCGAGUCGCUGCUCAGCACCUACGGGGAGGAGCUGUCCAUGUUGGAGGACAUGAGCGUCGGCAUCAUGGAUCUGAGAAACGUCACCUUUAAGGUGACCCAGGCCACCGGCAGCUCGGCGCCCGACAUGCUGCCGAUCAUCACCGGGAACCGAGACGGCUUCAACGUCCGCAUCCCGCUGCCAGGAACCAUGUUCGACGCUCUGCCUCGAGAGAUCCAGAGCGGCAUGUUGCUGAGGGUCCAGCCGGUGCACUUCAACGUCGGCAUCAACGAGCAGCAGACGCUGGCCGAGAAAUUCGGAGACACGUCCCUGCAGGAGAUCAUAAACCUGGAGAGUCUGUCCAGGUUGAAUUCGUACUACGAGCAGUUCAAAGAAGUCCUGCCUGAGGACUGCCUCCCCAGGUCUCGUUCUCAGACCUGUCUCCCCGAGCUGCUGAGGUUCCUGGGGCAGAACGUUCAUGCCAGGAAGAACAAGAACGUGGACGUCCUGUGGCAGGCGGCCGAGAUUUGUCGCCGGCUGAACGGCGUCCGCUUCACCAGCUGCAAGAGCGCCAAAGACCGCACGGCCAUGUCGGUGACCCUGGAGCAGUGCCUGAUCCUGCAGCACGAGCACGGCAUGGCGCCGCAGGUCUUCACCCAGGCUCUGGACUGCAUGCGCAGCAUUGGUACGAGGGAGGGGGUGAUCCAGAAGAACCUGAGCGGCUUGCUGCCGGUGCGUGACUUCCGGCUGGACCCCAGCCUCAUGUACUCGCUGCCCCUGCUGGCCCUCAGCCCCAACCUCCUGGUGGUGUGGAUCUUCCUCAGCGUGGCCUAUUUCCUGGCCAAGCUCCGCUGCAGCUGAGCAGCCGCGAGCAGCAGACUGCCUCACAGCCAAUCAUAACGCUGUGUUACUGAGGAGUUGGGGGGAAACCUCCACACUGACUCCACAGUGUCCUGUGAGAGUGUGUGUAGUGGUUAACAUAGAUUAUAUCUCAGUGUAGAUAUGAUGGUUAACUUUCCAUAGAUCUGACCUCAGCACUACAUCCACACUAAACUGGCUCAAUGUAAACACUGAUGUUUUCUAAUCAGCCGGUUUAGUGUGAACACAGUGUGAAGGAUUUCAUGUGGAUGAUCUUCAGAUACACAACAACACUGUGGCUGAGCGAACAGCUGGACUGCACACUCAACACCCGCGUGUUGAAACCCGUCUGGAUGAUGAGAACAGACACCAUGAUCCCUCUCUGCACUAACAUGUAGAGUUCAGGCCUUCAGGAGACUUUAAACCUCAAUUUAAGUUUGUGGAUUUUCACAUAGCGCCCUCUAAUGGACAGAUUCUGCCUUGUUCUUCAUACUCAUAAGAAGAAUCGUCACUGACAACGAAACACAGAGGGAUUGUUCCUGAUGGUUAGAAAUGACAGAAAUGACCUGAGUUGUGAACAUGUAUGAAAAAAAGCAGAUGAUACUUAAUACUUGCUUUCAGGAAAGAGUUGUUGUUGCCAGUAGCUUUCAUAAUGAAACAAACACAUGAUUUGAGCUUUGCAGAAGCAGCUGCUUGUUGCAUUCAUGCAAAACAUUGAAUUGAUUCAUCGUCGUCUUCCAUGUGCUUUGCACCGAGGGAACAGAAGCUUUUAUCAAGUUUACUUCAGAUUUUAUAUAUUUUCAGGCACAGUUGUUACCUUACUUUUCUCUUUAGGUCUUCCUGCUUUUUGGGAAGAGAGGAGGUUGUUUGCUUCCACUUCAGCUUGAGCACUUUCCAGCAGCUCUGGGUCAGAUAUGACUUCUCACUGACAGAGUUCUACUUUGACUCAAGUCUUUAACAAUCUGAUCAGGGUCAGGAAUUAAAUUAAUCAGACGGACAUCAAAAUAAACAUGGUUCCUUUCCCUUUCCUGCACAUGCAUGUUUUUAAAUACCUCACACACGUGAAUGAACAAACCAGAAAGUCCAGAGAUGACCUUGACCCUUGGAGAAGAGUCGUCCAUCUUUAUUCACAGUCUGUCGGAGCUGAGGUUUUUUAUUGGUUCAGGUUAUUUAUAAAGACUGUUAAAUGUUUGAUUCACGAACUUUAACUGGUCCCAGUUUGCAUCAUGGAAAUCAGUGAGUUAAGAAUUCAACCCACAUCUGCUCUCAUAUCAAUUCAGUGGAGUCAGAUCUUCUUUAAGAUGCAGGUGGUAGUUUGGCUCCUGAUGGAAUGUACCACAAUAGGACUUUCAGGGGAAAUGUGUUCAUGUAGUAAUGUAUCUUCGUCCUUCGGAGCAUUGAUCUGGACCCGAUCACGUCCGUCCACGUGUUGACUUGGUUCCUUGUAACGUACACAAAGAGAAACGGGUACUGAUCGCAGCUAUCGCAGGUGAAAUUAGCUUUACAGAGUUCUUGAUGGUGGAUGUCGAUGGUCGGUCACUUUGUUGGUAGUUGCUCUUUAAGACCAGCGAAUGAGGAAUGUAGCCGUGUUCAUGCCAAACGCUCCCGUCAGGUUUUUAUCAGGUGAAUUCAGCUUUGUUCAUUGUGUUUGCAUCGAGCUCGAGUCAGAAACCAUCAAGUCUCCCUCCUGGAUUUUUAUAAAGGCUCCAUCCCAUUAAGAUCGACCCAGUAAGAGAAUAGAUGAGACCAGAAUAACCUCCACUGGGAGAGUGGGAUUCUCUGAUGAGCCUGUACACCUCAAACACAUGGACUGAACCAGAAUAAGAAGGAAGAAGUUGUACUUUUAAUUAAUAAGAAUUAUAUUCAAUUAGUCAGAUAAAAAGAUUGAUAAAUGAUUCACCAACUAUUCAUCUAUCUUUUAGGAGUAUUAUAUUUGUGUUUAUCUCGCUCAGCGCUACCUCUGUCAGACCAAAGCAACAGUAUUAGUUCCACUUUGAGUUUAAUUGAAAUGUUAUGAGUUCACAUCUUAUAAAUAUGCAUCAUCAUGAACAAACAGGGAUGUGAGGAGGCAGCAGUUUGUUUUAUCUUCAAUGUUGAAAAGGUUUUCAAGGAUCAGGCCCAGUGAAAUAAUUUAAAUUAUAUAUCACAUCUGAAGUGCUUCCUAAAACAAAUCAAUCAACUCCACAUGUAUCAGAGAUUAUACUCGUUCUGCUGAACAUUGUAUUUAACUGCUUGUAUUGCCUAAAUAUUUGCUACAUCUAUAUAUAUAAAUUAACUUAUUACAAAGAGUAUAAAUAUAUAUAUGUAAAUAAUCCAUAUUAUGUGAAUACUAUGGUUGUGCCAUGCUCACGCUGUCGUCACUUUAUAUUACAGCUACUUAUGUGUAGUUACUGCAAUAUGCAUUUAUUAAUGUUUUAUUUAUGACUGUUCCCUGUUCCCUUUUAAAGCCCUGAACCACCAAGUGAACUCUAAUGAUUUGUUUUAGCUGCAUCAGAAAAAUCAACUGCAGGAUAUUAUGUUAAAAAGAAGUUAUUGCUUUAACGUUUUUCGCUUUGGUUCAAAUUAAACUUUCUUUGUUUACUUGUUUUCUUCACACCUAUAGAGUUUAAAUGAGCAGUUUUAUUUUGAAGCUGGCUGUGUCCCGUGCUACAUGUUGCACUUAAUGUACCACAAACCCUAGAGAAGCUCCCGUCCUGAGCCGCUGUCCUUCCCUAAUAAAGGAUGUCUGCCUCCACCUGCAGAAUGAAAACACCCUC